GCGGACACCGGACCUAGACUCACGCAGCACGGCGGUCCUGGCGGGCCUCUGUCUCCAGGUGCGCGAGCCCGCUGUCCCGCUGGGGCGAGGGAGCCCGGGCCGCGCGGCACGACACGCGCGGACCAGUGGGGCCUACGGCGCCGGGCGCGACGAGCCACUCCGCGGCCCGGCCUCCCCGAAUCUGACGGCUCUGUCUCCGGUAACCUCCCCCCUCGUCAGGCUCGGGCGUCGGCCCCCCGGCCCGCCCCGGCGAGGCUGUCGAGACGUCGAGGUAAUUCUGGACUCUCCCACCGUUGCUUCGUCCCUCAUCCAGGCCUCGGGAAGUUUGCCGCGGAAACGAAAGUAAACUAAGUCUUGGGUGCGUCUGCGCCGAGGGAGCGACUGCCACAUCCAGGCACAGCUCUGAAGGGGGAAGAAGUGCAUUUUUGGACAUUCUGAGGAUUCACAAGGAAAGCAGACAUGUCCUUGGAUGACAUUAAGAUGAAAUCUAGCGACUUUUUGGAGCAGGGGCAUCUCGACAGCGGGGGCUUCGGGAAGGUGUCUUUGUGUUUACACAGAUCCCAUGGACUUGUAAUCCUGAAAAAGGUGUAUACGGGCCCCAAGCGCACCGAAUACAACGAGUCCCUCCUUGAGGAGGGCAGGAUGAUGCAUAGGCUGAGACAUAGUCGUGUGGUGAAGCUCCUAGGCGUCAUCUUAGAAGAAGGAAACUAUUCCCUGGUGAUGGAGUACAUGGAAAAGGGCAACCUGAUGCACGUUCUGAAAGCAGAAAUCAGUAUCCCCCUUUCUGUAAAAGGAAGGAUAAUUCUGGAAACCAUUGAAGGAAUGUGCUACUUACAUCGAGAAGGAGUAAUACACAAGGACCUAAAGCCUGAAAAUAUUCUCGUUGAUGAUGACUUUCACAUUAAGAUAGCUGACCUUGGCGUGGCUUCUUUUAAGACGUGGAGUAAACUGACUAAAGAAGAAAUUAAUGAGCAGAGGAAAAUGAAUAAUAGUGCCCCUAAGAAAAAUGGUGGAACCCUCUGCUACAUGGCCCCUGAGCAUCUGAAUGACAUCAACGCAAAGCCCUCGGAGAAGUCAGAUGUGUACAGCUUUGGCAUAGUACUUUGGGCAAUAUUUGCGAAUAAGGAGCCAUAUGAAAAUGCUAUCUGUGAGCAGCAGUUGAUAAUCUGCAUUAAAUCUGGGAACAGACCAAAUGUGGAAGACAUCAUUGAGUACUGCCCAGAGGAGAUUAUCAGCAUCAUGAAGCAAUGCUGGGAGGCAGAUCCAGAAGUUCGGCCAACAUUUGCUGGUAUUGAAGAAAAAUUUAGGCCUUUUUAUAUAGAUCAAUUAGAAGAAAAUGUAGACGAGGAUGUGACAAGUUUAAAGAAAAAGUAUCCAGACCAAAAUUCAUUAGUGAAGAGAAUGCAUUCUCUCCAGAUUGACUGUAUAGCAAUACCUCCAAGCAGGUCAAAUUCAGCCCCAGAACAGCCCAGUUCACUGCACAGUUCACAAGGACUUGGGAUGGGCCCCGUGGAGGAAUCCUGGUUUGCUCCCUCCGUAGAGUACCAGCAGGAGGAGAAUGAGCUCAGCUUAAGGAGUAAACUCCAGGAGGAAGCCAACUAUCAUCUUUUUGGCAGCCGCAUGGACAGGCAGACAAAACCAGUCAGACAGAAUGUGGCUUAUAAUAGAGAGGAGGAAAGGAGACGAAGGGUCUCCCAUGACCCUUUUGCACAGCAGAAACCUUAUGAGAAUGUUCAGAACCCAGGAGGAAAAGGUGUUCCUUAUUCCAGUGCAACCAGUCAUGGUAAUGCAGUACACCAACCAACAGGGCUAACCAGCCAACCACAAGUAGUAUACUGGAACAAUGGAUUGUAUAAUCUAUAUGGUUUUGGAACAACACCGUUGGAUCUGGGAACACCAAGUCCAAGAGUUUGGUAUGGGCCAAAUCCAAGCCAUAUGCCAAGCGUGCAUAAAACUCCAGUGCCUGAGACCAACCUACUGGGAAACACACCCACCAUCCCAUUCAGCUCCAUGCCAUCAAGAGAGGAGUCUAUAAAAUGUAACAUAUACAAUAGCGCUGGCAUUCAGGUUGGAGACCAUAAUUAUAUGGAGAUUGGUGGAAUGAGUUCAGCAGUACUGGAAGGCACCCACAUGAACUUGAAAGAAGAGCCAGCUUCUAAAUACCAAGAUAUCUUUGAUAAUACCACUAGUCUGACUGAUAAACAUCUGGACCCAGUCAGGGAAAAUCUGGGAAGGCAAUGGAAAAACUGUGCGCGUAAGCUGGGCUUCACCGAAUCUCAGAUUGAUGAAAUUGACCAUGACUAUGAGCGAGAUGGACUAAAAGAAAAGGUGUACCAGAUGCUCCAAAAGUGGCUGAUGAGGGAAGGCAAUAAGGGAGCCACAGUGGGAAAGCUGGCCUAUGCACUCUACCAGUGUGCAAGAAUAGACCUUCUGAACUAUUUGAUACACAUCAGCCAGAGCUAAUUCCAGAAUGGGCUUUGGCAGCAUGAGGUAAUCUUCUCACUUAGUAACACACUGGAAGUGUGCUGCCUCAGAACAUUCAGAAUUCUUUCCUCCCUGAUUGAGGUUCUGUGUCUGCAUAAAAAUCUCCUGCAUCCCAUAGCUGGAGCAUGGGAAAGAAAUCUACAACAAACAACCCACUAACCAGGAAGAACUAUUAAUGGCUGAGGUCCACUCCAAAAAAAAAAAAAAAAA